AAGUAGCCGCGGCUUCUCGCCUACCAACUCCAGCGCCAACCCGGACCCGGACCCAGAGCUUCUCCAGCGGUGACGCAGGGAGCAGGGCUCCCCGCAGUAACUUCCUCCGCGCAGCUCCGCCACCCCCGGGAGUCCCGGGGCGCACCUGCAAACUCCCGCUUGUGCAACGGCCGCCCCCGAGCCGGUGCGGGAGCCCGAGCGAGCCAUGGCCAACGCGGGGCUGCAGCUGCUGGGCUUCAUCCUGGCUUUCCUGGGCUGGAUUGGCUCCAUCGUCAGCACGGCGCUGCCCCAGUGGAGGAUUUGCUCCUACGCUGGCGACAACAUCGUGACGGCCCAGGCCAUCUACGAGGGGCUUUGGAUGUCCUGCGUGUCGCAGAGCACCGGGCAGAUCCAGUGCAAAGUCUUCGACUCCUUGCUGAAUCUGAACAGCACUCUGCAAGCAACCCGCGCCUUGAUGGUGAUUGGCAUCCUGCUGGGACUAGUAGCCAUCUUUGUGGCCACUGUCGGCAUGAAGUGUAUGAAGUGCCUGGAAGACAACGAGGUACAGAAGAUGCGGAUGGCUGUCAUUGGGGGCGUGAUCUUUCUUAUUUCAGGUCUGGCUAUUUUAGUUGCCACAGCAUGGUAUGGCAAUAGAAUUGUUCAAGAAUUCUAUGACCCCAUGACCCCGGUCAAUGCCAGGUAUGAAUUUGGUCAGGCUCUCUUCACUGGCUGGGCUGCUGCUUCCCUCUGCCUUCUGGGAGGUGCCCUACUUUGCUGCUCCUGUCCCCGGAAAACAACAUCUUACCCAACACCAAGGCCCUAUCCAAAACCUGCACCUUCCAGUGGGAAAGACUACGUGUGACACAGAAGCAAAAGGAGACAACCCUGUUGGAACAAUCAGAAAAUGAACAUUGAAAUACUGUCAUUGGCAUUAAGAUGUUAGAUUUUGACUAUUGUAGUCUGAACUGUGGUAUUACCAAAAAAACAUAUUUUGUUAAAUACCCAUUGCUAAAAAUGACUUAGUCUUAUUUUAUCUCCUUUCCUCAAUAUAAGAGGGAAGCCUUUUCUAUUUGUAUUACUGCUUCCCACUGAGUCAUCAUCUCAAAUGUGGGGAGAGGGCAUUCCUUAAAUAUAUAUAGGUAUGUACAUGUACAUAUUUUUCUAUAAAAAAGUUAGGUAGUAAAACCUCAUUAUGUUGGUACCAGCAUUCUUAAAAUAUAUCUAAAAGAAGAAAAAUAUAUUUAUAUUGAUUAAAUAAGUAGUUUAUUUGGUAUUCUUCUCUUCUUUCUUUAUGUAUACAUAUAUAAUAUGUCAAAUAUCAUUUACCCUCCUUCAUCAGCUUUUAAUGUCUUUCACAGAAGACCUGACCUACUUUACCAAGUAUGAAUUAUUUCAGUUCUUCACAUGUGCCCUUUUCAUAUGUUUGUAUCAUAUUUUUUUUACCAUGAUCUUAUAGCACUUACUCUGUCACCAUUCAGUCAUUCUUCAUGACUUUGUUUUUUGUGAGAUUGGGCUUAACUCUAGAUUCUGAUAACACAUUUAUAUGCCUACAGUUUAAUUCCUAAAGUCAAUAAGAAUCUCUUACAGACCAGAGUUUUGGGAGCAGAUCUUUCUGUGUGACCAGAUGGUAUAUUCCUGUUGACCUUCCCAUAUGCUCCCUGUACUCUGACCUGUAACACACUUGUUUGCUUUGAAAAUAUUUGUCCCCUUGAGGAGCUGUGUGCUGCUUUCCCAAGUGUUGUGACACAAUUCUAUUGAUUGAAUUUUUUGACCUACUUAUUCACAGUUGUAUAUCCUCCCAAACUACCUUUUUCUUGUCCCCUUCCUCAAACUGUAUUGUUUUCUCAUAUAGUUUACCUCGUCCCAGAGAAGGAUGGCCUUUUUGUCUGAAUGAAGUGCUAGACCUUCUGUAGUGACAACCUGAUGACAGAUAUUCUCUCUGUAGCUGUAAGCAAGUCACUUAAUUUUUCUCCUCUUUUCCCAUCUGUCAAAUUGAGAUAAUGAUACUUAACCAGCUGCUAGAGUGGUGUAAGUAUUAAUUAGUUGAUAUUAUGCUCAUUCUUUGAACAUGAAGUAUGCCUAAGUAGUGUCUCUGUUUGCUAAAUUGUCUGUUAAGAAGUCAUUGAACCAAACCUAGACACAGGCAUCUCAUUGCUCGGCACCUUCCUUUCUCCACAGACCUGUUUCCUUCCUUUCAACGGUGGCCACCAUGCUGUUGGUGCUCUGUUCCGUUUUAACAAUUGCCCUUAGUUUUCCAGUCUGUGGAAAAUGCUCCUUCACUCGAGCAAGAUGAUGUAAUGGGAAGGGUGUUGACUUCGGUGUCUGGAGACCUGAUGUGAGUCUUGGUGCUAUCAAUUACAGUGUGAGUUUGGGCAGGGCACUUGGUUGCCCUAGAUUUACUGCUUCACUUAUAAAAAGAGGAUUGUACUUCCUGACCUGCCUACCUCUCAGGGCUUUUGUGGGGAUCCAGUGAGAUGGGAUACAUGUAAGUGUGAUUUUGUGAGGUAAAAAGUAUUAUACUAGGGGAAAGAAUUAAGGAAUUUAAGUGCAUAGGUUUUGGAUUACUUUUCAAAUGACUGAAAAGAGACAAUUUGUAAGCAAUAGGUUUCUUGCUUUAACCAACCUCUCAAGUGAUGAGACACUAAAGUGAAUUUCAGAUUACUAAGUGAAAAGGAUUCUGGGGCAGUCUUAAUUUUCUUCAGUCACUAUGGCCUGAUGCUUUUUGUGGCUAAGCUUUUCUCCUUUCAGGAAUGCGGACUUGACCUAGGACAAGUUUGCAGAUGUAAUGGGUGGAACAGGGUACAUGUUGGCAAACCAAAGAAUGGAAGAUUUUUUUUCUUUUAGUAACUUGCAAAGGUAUACAAGGUGGAUAUCUGUUCUGCAAUGUCAUCAGAGGUGUUGCUAUUAGCUGGCAGCUAACACUGCUAAAUUAGGUAGUUUGGGAAUGUAACUCAUAGUGAAACCGUAUAGGGGAUAUUAUCCAAAGGACUCCAUCAUAUGAUUUGAACCUAGUAAAUUUUAGUGUGUCUUCCAAACCUGAAAGUCUGUGCUCCUAGAAUGUAUAAUUCAAAGAACUGCUACCUACAUAGAUCCUAGUGAUGGGCAAGUAUAAAUACAUGUGGUUACUAGUUGCUAAAGUCUGAAAUCUAUAGUCCAAAAUGGCCAACAGAAUGGUUACACCAAAAUUUAUCUAAUUUUGAUAUUUUUGUACUCUGCUACCAUACCUGGAAACAGACAAAUAGGUAUUUUGGGGUUUUGUAAUGGGAAUUGUAUAAAGUGUUACUCUUUUUCAAUA